AUGUCCUUAUCUAAUAAAUCUCCUAAAAAGAAGAAGCAACAGUUAAAGAGCUCUGAUAUUACUACUCCUUGUGGUGGUUAUAAGUAUAGGUAUUCUGGUGUGAUCACUUUUUCCAAUACUGCUAUAUUAAAGUAUACGAAUUAUACAAAUGCAAAAAUUGUCAUGGCCCUUGCGAACAAUCAAAAGGAGAUAGUAGAAGUUUUGGCAACCCAGCAAAAUAAAUCAAUACAAAAACUAAAUAAUGAUAAUGCAAAGCUUAUUAAAUCUAUAAGUAAUGAUCAGACAAAGACUGUAAAAAAUUUAACCAGUUCACAUGAAAAAACUAUCAAAAAUCUAAGUGAUAAUCAUAAAGAAGUCAUCAAGAAUUUAAGUGAUAACCAAACAAAGAUGGUGAUGGGGUUGAGCAGAAAUCAUGCUGAUAUUAUAAAAACUAUGAACAAUAAUGAGGUAAAAAAAUCAAAAGAUACGCAUGAUGCAUAUAGAAAGGUUAUUGACUCCAUACAGGCCAACUAUAACAAGAGGUUGCAAAGUUAG